GCUCUGAUGAGCUGCGCGGCCCUGCUUUUCGCUGAGCUGCUGCUGCUGAUUGGCUGAGCCACAAAGAAAGGCGUAGUUGGAGAAGGCAGAGGUCUUGGAGCUGGGAAGCAGGCCUCAGUGAAGCCUUCUUACCUGUCCACCUGCCACAGCCAUGUCGGAUAGGGAGGAGCGCCGCUUUGUGGAGAUCCCGCGGGAGUCAGUGCGGCUGAUGGCUGAGAGCACCGGCGUGGAGCUGACGGAUGAGGUGGCCUCCCUCCUGGCUGAAGAUGUCUGUUACCGCCUGCGAGAAGCCACUCAGAACAGUUCCCAGUUCAUGAAACACACCAAACGGAGAAAGCUGACGGUGGAGGACUUCAAUCGCGCCCUGCGCUGGAGCAAUGUCGAGGCAGUGUGUGGCUAUGGCUCUCAGGACACCCUCCCAUUCCGUGCCAUCAAGGACGGUGAGCUGUACUUCCAGGAGGAUCGUGAGGUCAACCUGGUGGAGCUGGCUUUGGCCACCAACAUCCCCAAGGGCUGUGCUGAAGCAGCUGUGAGAGUUCAUGUCUCUUACCUGGAUGGGAAAGGAAACUUGGAACCACAAGGCUCUGUGCCCAGCGCCGUCUCAGCCCUGACAGACGACCUGCUGAAGUAUUACCAGCACGUGACCCGGGCCGUGUUGGGGGACGACCCCCAGCUGAUGAAGGUGGCUCUUCAGGACCUGCAAACCAACUCGAAGAUUGCGGCUCUCCUGCCUUACUUUGUCUACGUUGUGAGUGGGGUCAAGUCCGUGAGCCACGACUUGGAGCAGCUGAACCGCCUCCUGCACGUGGCCAAGAGCCUCAUCCAGAACCCCUACCUGUGCCUGGGCUCCUACGUCAAGAGCCUCAUUGCCAGCGUCAUGUACUGCGUCCUGGAACCCCUGGCGGCUUCUAUCAACCCCCUCAAUGAUCACUGGACCCUGCGUGACUACGCAGCCAUGCUGCUGGGACACAUCUUCUGGACUCACGGUGACUUGGUGAGCGGCCUAUAUCACCAGAUCCUGCUGUCGCUGCAGAAAGUGCUGGCCGAUCCCGUCCGCCCGCUCUGUUCCCACUAUGGGGCUGUUGUGGGGCUACAUGCCUUGGGAUGGAAGGCAGUGGAGAGGGUUCUCUAUCCCCACCUCUCCACCUACUGGUCAAACCUGCAAACCGUGCUGGAUGACUACUCUGUGUCCAAUGCUCAGGUGAAGGCUGAUGGGCACAAAGUCUAUGGAGCCAUCCUGGUGGCAGUGGAGCGGCUCCUGAAGAUGAAGGCGCAGGCUGUAUCGGCACCCGUCCAGGCGGAAGGCUCCGGCACAGAGGGGCGCUCGCGGGAGGGCUGCCCUUGGCUCAGCCCUCUCCAGGACCCUCAGGUGGAGUUCGGCUUUGGCAUCGCCAGCCACCUGCUCCAGCUGGGCAGCGGUGGGCCCCAGGCCGGUGUGGGCAUCUCCACGGACCCCCCCACCACCUCAUUGAACGAAAUCUACCAGGAGCUGUACUACUUCUUUGGGGACAGCCUGGCUACCCGUUUCGGCACUGGCUCGGGGCUGUGCCCAGCCGAGCCGCUGCCGGCCAGCGCUCCCAAGGUGGUGGAUGCCAAAAAGGAGCCGCCGGCCUUUGGGGGCGGGGAGACAGCCCGCAAGAUGCCCCAGCUGACGGCCAACGCCACCAUCAGCCCGCGGGAAGAGGAGAGCCCCCGCGGGGAGUUCUCGGCCAGCCGGGCCCCCCUGCAGCGCCCUGCCAGCCUGGCUCGGUCGCGCAGCGCCUCUCGCCAGCAGGUGUACCGCCUGGGCGUCCGGGACGUCUUCCAGAAGUGCCGCUUCUCCCCCCAGGGGCCGCCUCGCUUCAGCUUCUUGAUCGCAGGUCGGCAGGCGGAGAGGCGGUGCCAGGGGCGCCUCUUCCAGACCUCUUUCCUGCACCACCACGGCCCCGGCCACGUCUCCCGCUACACCCAGAAGCUGCCCAUGAUUGGGAGGACCAAGGCAGCGAAGAAGUGGGCCCACUCGGAAUACUCUCUCUACCUGCCUCUCUGAAAGGGGCCAGCAGGGAUCUGCCAGGGUGGCAGCAGCAGCA